UGCGCUGCUGUCUGUGCAGCGUUUAAGAUUCAGUUUGCUAAUGAAACGAUUGAAUCGUUUUCAAAUUGCAGUAGAAUCACGUUGAUUCUCGACCAGUUCUCUGUGCACUCUUACAACGAAUCACUGGCGUUUAUUGAUGUGUAGAGCGGAUGAACCGGCCAAUAUUCAGCACAAGUAUCUGCGGAAGGGAAGGGGGCUGUCAUGAUUAAAAACACCCACAAAUCUCACACAGGUUACGCGGAAACCGGUGCCGAUGCGGCGGAAGGAAGGUGGGACGGAAAGUAAAAGAUAAGCGAGGUGUUUGAUUAGACCCCACUGCCCGCUGCCACCAUGUUUAGAAACAGCUUGAAGAUGCUGCUGACAGGGGGCAAGACCAACAAGAAGAGUCGCAACAGCAGCGAUGGAGGGAACAAGGACACCUUAGAUCAACAGACCUCCAGCCAUGAUCCCCUUCACACAUUUACUGGACAAGGUGGCAGUAUAGACAGUGACUAUGCAUUUGAGUGUGACUAUGCUGUACCUCCCACCUCCAUGGCUGAGGGGCUGCAGCACAUCCGUAUGAUGGAGGGGACGUCCCGUUCUCUCCCCUCAUCCCCUUUACUUGCCCACCAGAUCAUCAGCUCAAGAAUGCCUCCCAUGAGGAUGGUCUCCGGCAUGACCACAGGUACAGACGUGACACUGAACGUAAAACUAUGACACAGUGUGUGAU